AUUAAAUGAAGAUGUCAAAUACAGCAUUAGACUCCUGCCUCUGUGCUGACAGUUAUUCUCCAGGUGCUUUCAGCGGAGAUUUAGUAAAGGGGAUGAUGCUGAUGUGCACACAAAGACUGUCCUUAUGAAGCCAGAAACAUCUUAGUGUCUGCUCCCCAUUCAAUACGAGCCAGGCACAAAACCAAAAAACUCGAGUGAAAGAAAAGGACGUGGCAUCAGCAGCAAAAAAAAAGCAGCUUAAUCAUCACCUGCUGUGCUCUGCAGCUUUGGGAGCUCCUCUGAGAACAUCAUCGCUCAUGCUCAGCAGAAAAUGUACCAGCUCUGCAGGACAAGGGACAACACAGAGAGUAGAGAGGACUCUCCUCCACUUCAUACGCUCUCCCAGAAGAAGUUGUAUUGAUUGCCACUUUACUCUAAGAGUGCUGCUACAGCUCCUGGGGGGGUGCCGCUGAUAUUGUCCUGGAAACCUCCGUCGUGCUACCUGCAGCCUGCUGUGUCGUGGGUCGCCGUCAGGAUGUCAGGCUGUGCCAAACGCUGCAAACAAGGACUCGUCAAGUUUGUCAUUUCCCUGCACAGACUGCUCACGGGGACUCUCAUUAAAGAUAAAGCCGACGAUGACCUGGAGAUGACGAUGGUGUGUCAUCGACCAGAGGGCCUGGACCAGUUAGAAGCUCUAACCAACUUCAACAAAAGAGAGCUUCAGGUUCUCUACAGGGGCUUCAAGAAUGAGUGUCCAAGUGGAGUUGUAAAUGAGGAAACCUUCAAGCAAAUAUACUCACAAUUCUUCCCUCACGGAGAUGCCAGCACCUAUGCUCACUACCUGUUCAAUGCAUUCGACACAGCACAGAGCGGCUCCAUCAAGUUUGAGGAUUUCGUCACAGCUCUGUCCACCCUGCUGAGGGGCUCCAUCACCGAGAAGCUGCAGUGGACGUUUAACCUCUACGAUAUCAACAGAGACGGCUACAUCAACAAAGAAGAGAUGACAGACAUCGUCAGAGCCAUAUAUGACAUGAUGGGCAAGUACACUUACCCUGUCCUGAAAAACGACGCACCCAAACAGCAUGUGGAUGCCUUCUUUCAGAAAAUGGACAAAAACAGAGACGGUGUGGUCACUCUCGACGAGUUCAUCCUGUCUUGUCAAGAGGAUGAAAACAUCAUGAGGUCUCUACAACUCUUUGAGAAUGUCAUCUAGAGAAAAGAGGGAGCCACUGAAACAGACAGAAGCACAGAGCAGGAGGAGAGGAGAGAACAAAGAAGAAAGAAAGGGAAGAAUGAAUGAGAUGAGGAUAAGAACACGCGGGGGAGAAAGAGCUUGCCGCGUUCCAUGUGAUGGUCGCCACAGAACUUCACGGAACGCAUCUUUGCUGUGUGAAAUCCAUGGCAACCACUGUUUUUUUGGAAAAUGUCCUUCAGACUUUCACCCUUCAUUUGACCUUUCCGUGAACAUUCAUUCCUGUAGCCUCCAGGUUCUCUUGUUUGUCUGUUGUCUUGUUGGACGGUGUGUACUUCAUGUCAUCAUGUAAAUACUAUCAGUUUAUGUCAAACAGGACUGGAACUCCAGCUUAGAAGUGAGAUCAACUGAGUGCAUACUUUGUGCAUUCGAGGCUUAAAUAAUGUUCUUUUUUUUGUGUCAAUACAACAAACGUGAGCAAUAUUUGUGAAGCAUGCAAGACCAGAGGCCUACAGUUACUUUAACACAUGUAUAGUGCCAUAAAAGAAAAACCUAAUCGUCUUGCUAAGUGGCUCCGUUCUGGAGGACAGGUCCGGGUGAAGCAAUCUCAUCUGUGGUCCGACAAACACCAAAUUCAGACGCAGACAUGUGCAGGCUUGCACAACUGAGUGUGACGUCAGGCGGCCUGCCACCGCCUUACAUCUGGUGGCAGCUUACGACGGCGUCCUCCCUCCCCAAAAAAGCCCUUGUUACUCCCACUGUGUGUGUUCCAGUGGUGUCCAGUGUUUCAGUGUUGUAAUGAUGCGACUGUAGAUAUUUAAGUGUUGUUGUACCCGUGGCUUCUUGUCACCGUCUGGAGCGAUUUGUGUCCGUCUGUGUUUCUGACUCUGACUGUCUUAUCUAAUUGUUUUCCUGUCAAAUGCGAUGUCAUGUUAUUUUUCUAUACCUGGCAUUUAUUGUGAAAUGAAGAGUUGAAAGAGUUCCACACUGGGGAGGGGUGUGCAUGCAUCUAAAUGUGUGGUGCCUUGGUUUGAAGUUUUUAUUUAUUUAUUAAAGUGUCUUUUAUUAUUUUAGCACACAAUAGUUUCAUCUCGUGGACACUGCGGUGAUUCCAGCUGACCCGGUCGUGUGUCUGCCACAGAGGAGAGUUUUGUUGUUGAUUCUGUCUGUUGAAAAUAUCAACUCAGAGUGACCAACCUUUCACUGUGAGGGAGAGACAGACAGAGGGAGGGAGGGAGGGAGGGAGGAGGACGGAUGCUGGGAGGAGGACGGACGAUGAGAGUAAAGACCUUUUCACUGAUUCUGAAGGAAUGGAAGCCAUGUUUCAAACGAGAGCCAUUGUUGUGAAGACAGAGCAGGCCACGAACACACACACACACACACACACACACACACACACAUUUCUGAAUGAUUUUACUGUCAUGCCCACUCACUGUGCUGCCAACAGAGAAGCCUCGCUGAGAGCAGAUAUGUAUCCACACAUUAUUCAUGACCGACCGAUGGACAGGAAGACAAACAGAUAGACAGGCCUACUGACACAGAGACAGUGAUUGUCAGAAUGAAAUAAUGUGUGUAUAGAAAUAUUGUAUAAAAUCAUUAUAUUUAUCAAUAAACUUUUCAGCAAACAAAAGUGA